AUGCUUUCAAGCUUACCAAAUCUUCAUAUUUUUCGACACUUACCUAAAGUUGCAGUUAAUUUUGGAACAUUGGUUAAUACUACAGUUUCUUCAAAAGAAGCAGUACAUAGAUUAUAUGGUGGAUUAGAUACAAGAUAUAAUGAAGUUAAUAAUUUAUUUAUUAAUGUUGCAUGUGAUGCAAAAUUAUGUAAAUUAUUGAAUAGUUGGUAUAUUGAAACUCCUUUACUACAAGCUGAUACUGAAGAUUCAAAGAUCGAGAGUAAUACGUGA